CGUUGUUAAGUAACGAGAGGGGGAGACAGACUCGAGUGGAGAACGGCCGCUCGUGCUGCUGGAGCUUCUUGGGACUAUCAACAGGGAGUGCAACCGACGACAGAUCUAAGAGCUGGGGGAAUGAGAGCCGCCAGAAUCCGCUCCCAUCCUCCUUUGCCCGGGCUCUUGACCGACUGACAACUAUCGGAUCAGAACCUCCACUGAAUUAGCUCUCGGACGAACCCAAUAUCGGAGAACUUAUUCUGAACUUUCAUGGGCACUUUCGACACAAUUGAAUCUUACUCGUGACAACACGCAACCAUGGAGCUGAGAGUUGGGAACAAGUACCGGCUCGGGCGAAAGAUAGGGAGUGGUUCCUUUGGUGACAUUUACCUUGGUGCCAACAUUGCCACUGGUGAGGAGGUAGCCAUCAAGCUGGAAUGUGUGAAGACCAAACACCCACAGUUGCACAUUGAAAGCAAGUUCUACAAGAUGAUGCAAGGAGGAGUGGGCAUCCCAUCGAUAAAGUGGUGUGGUGCAGAGGGAGAUUACAACGUGAUGGUAAUGGAGCUGCUGGGUCCCAGUCUGGAGGACCUUUUCAACUUCUGCUCCCGGAAGUUCAGCCUAAAGACUGUCCUGCUUUUGGCAGACCAGAUGAUAAGUCGCAUUGAGUACAUCCACUCAAAGAAUUUCAUCCAUCGGGAUGUCAAGCCUGACAACUUCCUGAUGGGGCUUGGCAAGAAGGGUAACCUGGUGUACAUCAUUGACUUUGGCCUGGCCAAAAAGUACCGUGAUGCCCGCACGCACCAGCACAUCCCUUACAGGGAGAACAAGAACCUGACUGGUACAGCACGUUAUGCUUCCAUCAACACACAUCUUGGAAUCGAGCAGUCCAGACGUGAUGACCUGGAGUCUCUUGGCUAUGUCCUCAUGUACUUCAACCUGGGUUCCCUCCCCUGGCAGGGCCUCAAGGCCGCUACCAAAAGACAGAAGUAUGAACGAAUCAGUGAGAAGAAAAUGUCCACACCCAUCGAGGUUCUUUGCAAAGGAUACCCUUCCGAGUUCUCCACAUACCUGAAUUUUUGCCGUUCACUCCGUUUUGAUGACAAACCAGACUACUCUUACCUGCGACAGCUCUUCAGGAAUCUUUUCCAUCGUCAGGGUUUCUCCUAUGAUUACGUCUUUGACUGGAACAUGCUCAAAUUUGGUGCCAGUCGGACAGCUGAGGAUGGGGAUCGAGAGAGGAGGGCCGGAGAUGAGAGGGACGAGAGGAUUGGAGGAGCCCCCAGGGGGUCUGCAUCACGGGGCCUCCCUCCAGGUCCCAACCCUGGAGCUGCCAACAGAGUCAGGAAUGGGCCAGAGCAGGCAAUCUCUAACCCUGCAUCAAGGGUCCAGCAGUCUGGGAACACAUCGCCUCGUGCAAUUUCUCGUGCAGAGAGGGAGAGGAAGGUGAGCAUGCGGCUUCACCGUGGUGCUCCUGCUAACGUAUCAUCCUCUGACCUCACAGCCCGUCAUGACCAAUCAAGGAUUUCCACAUCACAGGUCAGUGUGCCGUUUGAGCACAUGGGGAAGUAGAAGUGAUUGGCUCUGCAUGCACAUGAAACUGACAGGGCUGCAAAGUAUAUUCAUCGCUCCAGAUUGUUUUCCUUUCAUUUUUACCUUGUCUUAUGAAAAGAUAAUUGCCAAUGGACACAUGGAUCUUUGGAAAAGGACAGUAAAGGAUCCACGGGUGUACAUGACAGUAUCCAACAUGCAGUCUUUCAUGAACUUUUCUUGCUGAACCGUGGACCACCACAAGACAAAAAGCAAAUAAAUAACAGUUCUACAUCUUUGUUACUCCAUGGUUGCCCAUACCUGCUCCACUCCUCAAAAUGUUCCGUCAGUACCUUCUGUCUGACAAAUGUGAAGAACUGUUGGCAUCAGUGAAGCAGAAAGGUAUCUGACACGUGCACCUGUUUCUUGUCGAAGGUCAGCUUGGCUUUGUAAAGAUUUCUCCUUUUCAGUUGUAACCCCACAAAAACAACUUUUCAUUGAAUGUUGCCCCUUAUCUUUCAAUUGGAGCUUGAUAUGAGUUUCCCUUUUUUGCUUUUUUGAGAGAAAUAACAGCUGAAAGAUACAGAAAUGGGGAGAGGUAGGUGAGAGGACAGUAGGAAAAAAGAAAGGUAACUUAGAAAAGGAUGAGCAAGUGAUGUUUUAGCUGUUGUAGAGUAAUUUUCUGGUGAAGUAGCAAUUUGCUUGGCCUUUUAUUCAUGUCAUGCAUAUUUUAUUCUCCCUCAAAACUCAGCCACAAAAACCUCCACCACCCCUUCCUGUUUUGACUUACAUGUUUUCUCUGGUUUUAAUGUAAGUGGGUAAGGUGAAGAAUGACCAUAGAUAUUGCAAAGACACACUCCCAGGUCUUGAGGGAAAUCUCCUCAGGAAUUUCUCAGUGUAUUUGACCAGAGACCAUAGCUGCCCAUUUUGGCUAACAAAUAGCGGCUGCAAUUUUUAUGAUAGUUCUUAAUGUUACCUUUUUAUUCUUUUGUUAUUGGAGGUCAUAGGGGAGUGGGCAGGCUCUGUUAGGGGUUACUUGCGGGGGAUGGGACAUCCAAGGAUUUUUUUUUUUUUUUUUUAAAUGUUUACUUCACUGUAAAUAUUUUUUAUUUCAAUGUAAAGCCAAAAGGUGGUUAUUUGUUUUAAGGUGUAAAGUAGAAAAAUGCAUACUAAUGACAUAAAUUGGGGCUGGGUUCAAAAUUUUAGGUAUUUAAAAUACUAAAUUGUGGGAUUGGCUACUGUUACUCUGCCAUCUGGGUCAUCCAACAUUUUGUGUGUGUGUGUGAUGUGUGCACAUGUGUGCACGCUUUGCAUGUGAGAGUGAGAUGACUCCCUGCUAAGAAUACAAGAUUCAUUUUGUCUUUGUUUGUUUGCUGAUUGUUUUUAUCUCUAUUCUCAGCUAUUUAUGUUAAACUAUUUUUUAUUCGUCUUAAAUAACUCUCCCUUAUUCCUAUUUCUGUUAAAUUUCAUCCUCCUGUAAUUCAUUAGAAGUAGCUUGUUUGUUUUUUUUUGCUUGUCCCUUUUGUUCUUAGGCCUCAAAGGAUAUCCACCUCAUGUCAUACAUAGGGCUUUCAAUAUUCCUUCUGCAAAGUUUAUAUGCUAAUAGUUUUGAUGUCACCUUUGGAUUUUAACCUCCAGCAACCUUGAUGAUGUCAUUAAAAAGAAAACAACUGAUGCAAUUGCAGGGAUGUGUAAAUAACAGUGUACUGUGUGUGUAAUUACCUUUUGUACAGGCCACCAUGACCCAGUGGUAUUGUAACUGUUGGGUUGGGAAUGGUAUAGAGGAGUGUGAGGUGAUGGGAAUUUCACUUUAUGUAUUGUGUACUGAUAUCUUGUACAGUUCUUUAACACACUUUAUUUACAACAGUAUUUGUGUAUAUUUUAUGAAGUAAUAAAAAUGAAUAACGUUGCUCACAA